AUGCUGGAGGAGGUGCUGGAGGAGGUGCUGGGGGAGGUGCUUGAGGACGUGCUUGAGGACGUGCUGGAGGAGGUGAUGGAGGAGGUGCUUGAGGACGUGCUGGAGGACGUGCUGGAGGAGGUGAUGGAGGAGGUGCUUGAGGACGUGCUGGAGGAGGUGCUGGAGGACGUGCUGGAGGACGUGCUUGAGGACGUGCUGGAGGAGGUGCUUGAGGAGGUGCUUGAGGAGGUGCUGGAGGACGUGCUGGAGGAGGUGCUGGAGGAGGUGCUGGAGGACGUGCUGGAGGAGAUUGCAGUUUUAGCGGCUUCUCUUCUGCCCCACCGCUUUGUGACUGUGCGCCGGAGCAGUCCUGCAGCCAAAAGUGGUCAGAUCCGGCCUGGGGACAGGUUGGAGGCGGUGGAGGGGCGCUCCGUGGUCCACCUGCCCCACAGAGAGCUCUCUCAGAUCCUGCGCAGGGCUGGGAACAGUCUGCGCCUCACCAUCGUACCCAGACCCAGCACCUACUCCUCCAGCACCUACCCAGAGACCAAUGACUUUGAUUCUAGUCACCGGGGCAGGAAAGGACAGCGGUCACGACCCAAGCGUGACUCCAGGUACUACAGUGUGGACCUGGACCGGGGCCCCUCAGGGUUUGGCUUCAGUCUGAGAGGAGGCAGCGAGUACAACAUGGGGCUGUAUGUCCUGGCGCUGAUGGACGGAGGGCCUGCCUCACACAGCCACAAGAUGCAGGUGAGCGAUCAGCUGGUGGAGAUAAACGGGGACAGCACAGUGGGGAUGACGCACAGUCAGGCCGUGGAGCAGAUCCGCAGAGGAGGACACCGUAUCCACCUGGUGCUGAAGAGAGGCAACGGCUACGUGCCCGACUACGUGGAGCUCUCCAGCCUGUCUCUCUGCAUGACCAACUCCAAGCUGGGCGAGCCUUGCUUCUAUGUCAUUGGACGGACCGAGAAUACGCGAUCUCGCUCCCUCUCGCCCCUGCGUCGCCCCGGGGAGCAGGGUCUGGCUGCAGUAGACCGGAGACCGAGGAGGGCUCGCAGCUCCGAACACCGCGGGAGAACCAGGUCUUCACACCGACGAGGACGCAGCAGAAGACGGGGGGAACAAUCUGGUUUGCAAAGUCCCGACUCCGCCACGACCGAACGACGGGAGAAGAAGAAGGGCCGAGACGGGAAGAAGAAAUCGCAAAGUUUACUGCGAGACAGAAGCCACAGCGCCAAAGAAAGCAGGCGGAAAAAGAGCAAGAAGAAGCAUAGAAGCAAGAGCGAAAGGAGGGCUAAAGACGAGAAGGUUAGCGAAGAGCAGAUAGAGCACAUAGAGCAGUCCGUAGACGCAAACGAUGACGAGAUAUUUAUCGAAGAGCGAAAUAAUCCUUCGGAAAGAGAGGUGGCAGAUGUGGUAAUAGAACCAGAACAGCCGGAAGAGGAUGUAGUCUUGCCUGUUCCCAGUCCUACCCCGAGGUUACCCAGGCCAAAGCAAGAGUUUUCUAGUACAAUGAACAGAGGAGACAGCGACGAUGACGAGUUUAGAGAUUUAACCGGUCAAUACAGACAGCUGAUGCAAGCCGACAACAACACGGCAACAGCGUUCCAGGAUUUAACAGGAGAAUUCAGGCAGAUGUUUAGAGAGAGCAGAGAGCCGGGGAGACUACCGAGACCAGAAAGUGCGUGCAUGUCAGUUAGGUCAGAAGGCGAAGAGGUGAUGAGGUUCCAGCAAGGCCAGGCAGAGGAGGAAGAGGAGGAGAGAGGAGAGUCUAGGAAAAUGCCUUUACCUGCUGCAGAGGAAGACCAAACCAAGCUCUUUCGCUUCCUCGCAUCGCCAGGCCACCAGGGGGACGAUGAGUCAGAUUCAGGGGAGAGUCAGUCAGACGCGGCCAGUAUUUCGGGCCUGUCGCGGGUCACUAUAGCAGCCGCGGGGAGGCCGGGACCCUGGCUUAAGCCCAGGGAUGAGCGGGUGGCACAUUUGAUGGAGGAGGGCGGGCUGUAG